AUGGCUCCCAGCUUGUCACAGGCAUACAGGAGGAGGUGGUGGAUGGCCAUCACAGCCAUCAUAGAGAACCUGCUGUUCUCUGCUGUGCUGCUGGGCUGGGCCUCGCUGCUCAUCAUGCUGAAGAAGGAAGGCUUCUAUUCUCACCUUUGCCCUGGAAACGAGACUGCGGACACGAAUGUGACUUUCAUGCAGAGCAACGAUUGGAAGAGUUGUGUGGAACAAGAGGAGAUACUGAAUCUCGGCUUCACCAUCGGAUCCUUCCUCUUGAGCGCAGCCACAUUACCCCUGGGGAUCUUGAUGGACAAAUAUGGGCCACGACCACUGAGACUCAUUGGCAGUUCAUGUUUCGCAGCCUCCUGCGCCAUAAUAGCUGCUGCUGCGUAUGACCCUGAAGUGCUGUCUGGCCUCAUCUUCUUGGCUGUCUCCUUGAACGGCUUUGGAGGAAUCUGCCUGACCUUCACUUCACUCACACUGCCGAACAUGUUUGGGAACAUUCGAUCAACCGUCCUCUCCCUGAUGAUUGGCUCCUAUGCUUCUUCAGCUGUCACCUUCCCCGGUGUCAAGGUGAUUUAUGAUCUUGGCGUCUCUUUCCGGGUCAUCAUGUGGGUCUGGACUGGAAUGGCCUGCACUGUGAUCCUAAACUGCUUCCUGAACUGGCCCAUUGAAUCUUUCCCUGCACCCGAAGACAUCAGAUACACUAAAAGGGUGAAGACAAGUGGGGUUGUGACAGAGGACAGCCUGACCGGGGACAGGAAUAUCACCCACAUGACUGCAAUGGAAGACACAAUGGGAUCCAAACAGACAGUACCUGAGCACACAGACCCCCACAGCACAGCUCAAGUUUCUGUGCCGCUCUGUAAUUCUGUGUGUUCUCCCAUAUUCCUGUGGAGUCUUAUCACCAUGGCGAUGACACAGCUGAGGCUCAUCUUCUUCAUGGGUGCUAUGAAUAAGAUGAUGGAGUUCCUAGUCACCCACGGCGACCCCAACCCCUCUGAGGAGCUACAGAAGGAGGUGGAAAAACAAGUUGGAUUCUACUCAUCUAUCUUCGGUACGAUGCAGCUGCUGUGUCUACUGACCUGUCCAUUGAUUGGCUACAUCAUGGACUGGAGGAUGAAGGACUGUGAAGAGGAAACUCCAAACACACAAACAGACAAUUGCCAACUGAAUGCCUCAAAGAGAAACAGAAAGAUCCAGAAACUCACUAAUGCCAUGAGAGCUUUCAUCUUCACCAACCUCCUGUUGGUCACCUUUGGCAUCACAUCCCUGAUAGACAACUUGCCCUUACAGAUGGUGUCAUUCAUUCUGCAUACCAUAGUAAGAGGAUUUGUUCACUCCUGCUGUGGAGGUCUCUAUGCUGCUGUAUAUCCAGCCAACCACUUCGGGACACUGACAGGUAUGCAGUCAAUGAUCAGUGCUGCGUUCGCCCUGCUUCAACAACCGCUGUUCAUAUUGAUGGUGGGACCCCUCAGUGGAAAUCCUUACUGGAUCAAUCUGGGCCUUCUCAUCUUCUCCCUUGCUGGCUUCCUGUUGCCAGGCUACCUGUUCUAUCACCGGAGAAACCUGAUCAGGGCAAAGGCAGAACACGAUAGGACAGCUGCCGGCCAAUCGAAGACUGAAAAUGUUGCUCUAACCCAGUCAUUUGGUGGAACUGCUAAGACCCUAGCCAAUGGGGAUGCAGCUAAUGAACUCAUACCAAAUGGUGUUUAA